AUGAAGGGUGGUUACACUAGACUCUUUGACGACCAAGCGUCCGGCGACAAGGUCAGCGAAUAUGCCGACGCCCACUCAACCCCGUUGCCGGCGCACAUCACGGCCUACCAUGCGCACGCCUCUGCGAGCAGGCACGACUCGGAAAUGCUGAGCUCGAAUUUCCAGAGCAAGCUGCAUUUAUUCCUGGCCAGGUCCAUCGGCGCCAAGACGGUUCUCGAAGUCGGUGUCUACGUCGGCUACUCGGCCAUGCUCUGGGCCCACGCCACGGGGCCAGACGGCCUCGUCACCGGCCUCGAAUAUAGCCCCGAGUUGGCAGAGAUUGCCCAAGACGCCCUGGCAAAGGAAGGCAUCAAUAAUGUCGAGAUCAUCGUAGGCAAUGCCGCUGAGACUCUGCCCAAGGUGAGCCCUUCUACUCCCUACGACAUCAUCUUCCUGGACGCCGAUAAGCCCGGCUAUUCGAACUACCUGUCUAUUAUUCUGGCCAAUUCCCAGCCCGGAAGCAAGAACCGCCUCCUCCGACCGGGGGGCUUGAUCAUUGCGGACAAUGUUCUGCGCAGGGGCCACGUCGCCGACUCGUCUAAGACGGAUCGUGAAGUGGAGGACGCGGGCUUGUGGAAUUUGCACAUUGAGGCUGUGAGGAAGUUCAACGAUCAGGUUGUCGGUGAGAAGAGACUAGAGUCGUUUUUGACACCGUUGUGGGAUGGGUUGAGCAUGAUUAGACUCGUCGACUAG